CGCGCUGCUCCAUGCCAGACGUCUCGCAGACAGAAGCGGUCAGUCCGCCGUGCGGUUGAUAGUUUUUCUCAGUUUGACCGUCGCCCUCGCACGCGUUUAGUGGAUACGUGUAUAGCGUGCUCCAGAACAGUGCUUGUGUGCUUGUGCUCCGCUCUACUACGGAUAUUCUGUGCCUUUUGUGUUUUAAAGAUGCUGCACCGGAGUUGAAGCGAAUGGCGGCAACAGAUGGUCAGAUCGUGGUGGCGGCCGCCAGAUGGGCCGAAGAGGGCCACUAUCUGCGAGAGUUCGUGGCGAAACAUCGACUACCCGCUGUGGUAAAGAUCAUCAAAGGGCAGUAUGGAGGUCUAGGGGUGCCGACCCUGCCGAGUCCGGGGCUGCAGAGCACUGCCUUGCUAGUGAGUGCGGGGAGAAGGCACAAGAUCGUCGCUCAAGCCAUCAAGAUGAAGGAGGGUCGACGAGUGGUAGGAGUGGGCCCUAGGAUAGCUAUCCCAGACACAUACCCCGGAUACUUCGAGCUCCUGAGUGAAGAGGGGCGUGCUGUCCGCUGUAUAGAGAGCGUGCUAGAGCUAGCGCGGCGGAGGGUAGAAGCAGGCUGUCUUGUAAGGGAAGCUAUAAGAGCGAUCUCCGCGAGAGUGGAAAGUGACGGUUCUGUGACAGCAGAUGGAGCGAGAACGAUCGCUGUAGGAGAAACGUUAUUCCCAGCGGGGGAAGUACAACUGGGAAAUUCGAAGGGGAGAUAUCUCAGAUGUAUGGACUCCAGGGGAGAUACGGUGCUGUUGGGAAUAGAGCAGAGAGGUCGUUUCAGUGCUCUUGCUAAGGAAGACAACAUCAGUGGAGUCCACACAGCUAAAAAUCUUCUGACGAAGAGGAUGCCUCUGACAGUUCGGCUCGUGCACGGCACACCUCCUAGAGGAUUGAAAAGCUCCAGUCAGUUUGUGCCGGAAUUACGAUUACUCUCCACUUUUGAAGAAGAACACGUUUUCGCGUUGCCAUUACAGAAGGAUACAGGUGCGGUAGUUGCGUUACCUCUGGCCGCCCCCAUCAAGCUGCAGAAGACCCGUAAUGAAGACCAGCUGAAGAGUUUGAGGGAAUUUCAGCGAUUGGUCGAGAAAUGUGGUAGAUUAGUGGCGGAAGUCGCAGAUCGCUCGCACGUUCUCGAUGGAAAGCUAGGAGAGUCGAAGGCCCUGAGAUUGAGUGGCAGCAGCCACGCGUUAGCUUCUUCCAAGUCUUCAGGAUAUUUUCUAAGGCGAAGUGCGUCGACGGACUCCGCCAACACACAUAGUCAUUAUUACAGCAACGAGAACAGAGUGCCGGGCGUGGCAGGUGAUGAUUAUGACGAGAUUGACCAGAUAUACGACUACGUACGUGGUUUUGCACCUCUGCCAAAAAGUAUACGAUCACCCUUCCCCGACACACCUACUUCUCCCCACGAAGAUCGCCGAAGUUGUUCUCCCGGGUCGCCCACCACCAAUUACAUCGUGCACCCCAUGACGGAGGAUCUGGCCAAACCGGAACCACCGCCUAUAGAGACCAUACCGACGAAGAAACAACUGAGCAGCUCCGGAAAAGCUGAAAAGCGGACGAGAAAAACGGCUCAUAAAGAACCCACAGUGCAAGAGAAACCCCCUAUCACUUCGAUGUACAUCAAAAGUGGAAACACGCAAAGAGGCAGAAUUUUCCGCCAGAAAAGUUCUUCGCCCUUGAAAGAACACCCACCUGGUAUGAUGAAAGGAGGUUCUCCUUUAUUCAAUAUCCGCUACAAAUCCCUCAGCAAUCUGCAACAAGCCAUGGAGAUGGAUGGUACUUUGGACUCCAGUCACUCCGGUGGAAGGACCUCUGGAGACUCCGGGGCGGGUGUUAAGCUCCCGGAGAAGCGGUCUCGUAGACUCAGCAGACCUCGCUCCCUUACCAACCUGGUGUGGGAGUUGAAGGGCGAAACGGACCGCAAGAAACCGCCAAAGCCGGACACCGCAAUCCACAGAAAGAGCUCUGGAUCGCACAAGGUGGUGUUCGGCGGGCACAAGAGGAUCGGAACAUUGUACCUGUAGCCAAAUCCGAGGGUGUGCGGUGAGGGGAGCUGAGGACGUGUGUGCUUGCGCCUACUCGCUUGGAGUCGGCGUGACCAACCAUGCGCAGUACAGAGCCUGGAGUGCAACUGACAGAAGCGACUGUAGAACUUCCCUCGAUUCAGUCACUUAGUCAUAUAAUAUUUAUUUCUCACCUAACUGUUGUAUACGCUAGAUCAGCAGAGUCUGUUAGUGUUCCAGAUAUGUUCUCGUAAUGUUCAUUGGCUUACGAGUGUUGUAAGGCCGUAGGUAGAUUUUCACUUUGUAAUUACUUUUCUGUGUUCAUACAUUUCGACUACACUCGGACUAGACCUACCUUAUUACGGAUACAAGAUCUUGAACUCUGAGUAAACCACACGUUUCUAAACGUAUUAUGUUGAAUACAAUCGAGUUUCAUGUCAAUAAUAAAAUGUAUGAACUUGAAAACUUUUGCUAAGUAACGUGAUUUAUUAGUAGGCAACUCAAGAUUUUUAAUUUAUAUAUAAUAAGUAUAUAUAUUAUAUAUAUAUAUAUAUACUUAUAU